CGUAAAUCAACUUUCCUUUGUUGUCCUCUUUCGUUUCUGUUUUCAUUUCUCAUUCGAGGUCAGAUUUACCAGCUGUUCGCGGACAGUUCAGCUGAUGUUUGUUUUCGGGUGGUACAUUCGCUGUGACAUACAUUUAUUUCGACGCGCCGAUGCAUCGCAAACAUUCCGCCUCGGGAACGAUUAAUCAACCAUGCACGCCUCCCAAAUGAACGACCACAAUUCCGUAUGAUCCCAUUUAAAUUCGCUAAUGACGUAACGCGUGCAUUCGCGAAGAGAGGCAGAGAGACAAAGAGCUCGAUACGACCGUCGCCCGAAACAAUCAAAUCUGGAAAGUAAGAACGUGCAGCGACUCUCAAACAUAAGUCUGGAUAGUGAUUCAUCGGGGGACGACGGUGGUGAACCGCCGCGUAAAAGAUCCCGAAGGUCCACGGCGAAAAGCGACAGAAUGCAGUCCAGCAACGGGUUGGUGCAAAACGGGGCUCCGGCCGCCUCUUGCAGCAACGGCUCCGCCGAGAACGGUCACGGAGACGCCGCCGUCGCCGAGAACGGCGCUUUUUUCCUCAAUCAAACCAACCAAGAAAUCGUCAGACUGAUCGGACAGUACCUGAAAAACGAAGGUUUGACGAAAACCUGCGAAUCUUUAAUGGUCGAAUCCGGUUGUCGAUUGGACCAUCCUGCGGCAGCGAAAUUUCGACAGCACGUUAUGGAUGGCGAUUGGUCCAAGGCUGAUCACGAUUUGCAGGAAUUACGCCCGCUGUUGGGCCAAGAUACCAAUAUUAUGGAAAUGAGAUUUCUGAUACUCGAACAAAAAUAUUUGGAAUACUUGGAGGACGGGCGAGUGUUGGACGCCCUGCACGUGUUGCGAAACGAAUUGACCCCUUUAAAACACAAUACUGCCAGAGUUCAUCAACUUUCUAGUUUCAUGAUGUGCUCGAGUACCAAGGAAUUGCUCGAACGUACGAACUGGACUGGGAAAGGUCUGCAAUCCCGCGUGAUUUUAAUGAACAAACUCCAAAGUUACUUGCCCCCUUCGAUCAUGCUACCUCCUAGUAGACUUCAGGAAUUGUUGAAUCAAGCACUGGAGCUUCAGACGCUUCGUUGCAGCCUGCACAAUACAUUGCACGGUGUUUCGUUACCGGAAGCGUCUCUGUUGGUUGAUCACAGUUGCCCGAAGUCGUCGUUUCCCAUUUAUACUAUUCAAGUGUUGAACGAUCAUUGCGAUGAGGUUUGGUUCUGUAGCUUCUCACCGGACGGUACCAAAUUAGCUACUGGUUCCAAAGAUCAAAACGUCAUCAUUUGGGACGUUGAUCCGGAAACCUGCACUCUUUCCUUAAAGAAAAUACUAGAGGGCCAUAACACUGGAGCCGCUUACAUAUCUUGGAAUCCGGAUUCAGUUCAUCUGAUCGUGUGCGGUCCGGACGAAAGUCCCGAGGUGUGGUUGUGGAACAUCGAAACUGAAAAUUUCCUGAAGGUGACCCAGUCGCAAGAGGACGCUCUCGUUUGUUGCGCUUGGAAUAAAGACGGCACCAAAUUUGUGGUGGGCGGUGUCAGAGGUCAUUUUUACCAGUGCGAUCUGAAAGGAAACGUAUUGGAUUCCUGGGAAGGAGUGAGAGUGAACGGUCUGUGGUAUAGACAAGACGGUAAAACGGUUUUGGCAUCUGACACUCAUCAUAGAAUAAGAGGAUACGUAUUCGAUGAAGUAACCGAUCAACAAAUAAUUCAAGAAGACCAUUCCAUAAUGUCGUUUACUGUAGAUAAAAAAGACAGAUUAGCUCUUUUAAACGUUGCCACGCAAGGUGUUCAUCUUUGGGACUUGAACGAUAAAAUCCUGGUUAGAAAAUACCAGGGCGUUACUCAGGGACAUUUUACAAUUCACUCAACUUUCGGCGGUGUUAAUCAACACUUCAUCGCCAGCGGUAGCGAAGAUAAUCAAGUUUACAUAUGGCACAUUAGAAACGAACACCCGAUAGCCACGCUUCAAGGGCACACUCGAACGGUCAAUUGCGUGUCUUGGAAUCCCGUGCACCACCACAUGUUAGUGUCAGUCUCUGACGAUUACACCAUCAGGGUUUGGGGACCAAAGGAUAAAGUACCAAAAAGCACGGGCACCAGCUGAGACUACGACGAUAACGUUGAAUUUACCGAUUGCUCGGCAAUCGACUCCGAGUAGAUUCGCGCGAAACGUUUCACCGGUUGGACGUGUCCGUCGAUCGAGUCGAAUGUAAAAUGGCUUUUCGGUUUUUAUCAUGAACGCAAUGUGCAUGGGAAGUGUGUCGAUUUGGGUGAUCGAGUUCGAUGGGUUUUGCUUCGAGAACAUCGGACUUUUUCAUAAGAGUCGUCUGUCCGUAUAAUUCGGUAUUCGUAUUAUAUUACACGUUUAAUUUCGUUUGGAGGAGAAGGAUAUGUAAAGUUUUGAUUUUCUAAUUCUUGUAAUCGUUAAGUUAGGUUGUGCUUGGCAUUCGUAAAAAUUGGAAAGGCUGUUUCGUUUAUUUAAAGUGUCUUCGAAUAAGGGGUGAGUCUACAAAUGACUGGUACUAGGAACGAUGCAGUUUCGUAGUACAAAAAUUUUACAAAAAAGACUGACACUUAAAUACGUUUGAUUUUUAGUUGUUAUUAACCGAUCGAAUGUACUGAACUGAUAAUUAGAUUUUUUUUUCAGCAAAUUUAUUUGGUUUUAUCAAAAUUUUGCUGAAUAAAUUGGGGCAACAAUUUAUCUUUAAGCCUCUACACUCACAGCAAUUUCAGCCUAAAUUCGUGUAAAUGUUUGUUAUAAUUUCUACGUAAAAAAUAAUCAAAAAUUCUAUGAAUAUUGGAAUCUAACAGAGUCGAAAUGGAAUUAAUAUUCAGUAAUUUCUGAAUUCUAUAUUUAACGGUUUGUUCCAAUAACAAUAGGUAUAUUCAGAGAUUGAGAGAGGUUUGUUUUAUUUAUAGAUGUUUUUUUAAAAACAGCUCGUUUUUUAUCGUUAUUUUUUCUUUUAAAUAAUCCUUAUUAGUUUAUAAAAAAAUAAAAUUAUAUUCGUUUGCGUAAAAGGAAAAUUAGAUCAGUUUUUUUAACGACUGAUCGUUCUCAUUGAUGAAUAGCGGUUAUAUUAAAAAAAUUAGAAUUAGGCAUUAAUUUUUGUAAUUUUAUAUAAUAUAUAAUCAACGUGUUUUUUUAUAAUCGAGGUUUUUGAAAGAAAAUUCUAUUUAUUUUUUAGCGUAAGUACAUAACAGAAACUUAUCUGUAACUUUGCAAUCCAUCUUUGUUCUAGUCUGUUCAAUUACGAUUGUUUUUUCGGAAUGAAUUGUGUUUCGUUAUGUACUGUAAGGGUAAAGUAAAAGUAAAAUAUGGUAUAAGAAACACCAAAUACAUUUCAAAACGUACUAAUUCAAUCGUAUCGAAAACUUGUAGAUCUCGUAUUCAGCGCUUUUUUUCUAAGUUUAAAGCACGGGAUUUAACUUGACAAUUGCAUAUUGUUUACGUUAAUCAAUUACUUAGAGACUCUUUAAACGAUUGAUUAUCGUUCAAAAUGAGCGCUGAAUAGGGGCCAAUAUCUCUAUAUUUGAUUAAAAAUUGUAGGGAAGUAAAAACUUAUAAUCAGGAUAGUUAUAAAGUCUUGAUUUAAAACUUAUCGGUGCAAUUCGAAUUGAUCUCUGCUUCAUCUCUGCGUUCCUACAACACCAAAUUUCAGUACCGUUUUGAAAUGGAUUCGGUGGGAAUAAAAAAUCGGUUAGUUAAAAUACGUGCUUUGGAAAUCAUUGUAAAUUUAAUAACCGUAGAAUAAAGCAGAAAUGAAACAGUUUGUAAAUAGCGACCGUUAUUUUGUUACAAAUAUGUGAUAUACUGGAGAUGAUUUAACACAUUUACCAAGAGAAAUACGAAAUAAGAAAAGUAAAUGGAUUUUAAGAUGGUAUAGAACUUUAGGAAUAUAUACAGUUGUGUGAAUUGUAGCAAUAACAUUUUCAAUUUAAUAAAUUUUAACACGAAAAAACGAAUUUUCUGCAAACAAACGAAAGGGUUUUCUUUAUAUUUAAAAGGGGAUAUUCUAUUAAUACUGGAAAAUGAGUGCAUAAACAAUUUUCUUCUUUUGGCAUGUAUCUGAAACUAAUUUCGUAAUCGUAGUUAUUGGCUGUGUUUAAUAUUGACAAAUCAUUCCGAAUAUUGAAGUUUAGAUUAAACACUUUUAGCUAUAGCAUUAAAAUAAAAAAAAAACAAACCAUUCAAGUAUUCUAAAAGCUACGUAGUUUCGCUAGCAUUAAUUCUCAAAACAACAGGCACGCUGGUGCAAGGCAGUAUCGCUAUUUCCGUCACAACAGCCGUUACGAAAUCAGGUGGAGUAACAUCGUACAGCAAACUCAACGGGGUCAAAUUCAAAGAAUCUUUCCAAUUACUCAGAGGCGUAAUAUCAUUACGGUGGGUGGUGCUCAGAGCGUCCGGGUUACCUGAAACCAUCGAUUAACUAACCACCUCUACUCUUGCAUUGUACACUUACCAACUUCGUUAUAUACAAACGAAUCCGUUUGCACCCUUUCGCUGAAUUUAUAAGUCUCGCAACAAACCAAGACAGGCUUAUUGUACUCUCUAGCUACCAGGGCUACCUGAGCUGUACCGAUCCUCGACAUCACGUAACCGUUGGUUAGAAGUGCGUGGGCCCCUAGUAACACCUUCGUCACAGAAUUCAUAAUGUAACUUAGGGAAUUUAUCAGCACAUACGUGCAUUUAACACCGGCUACUACUAGUCUCCGCAACAAUUCCUUGCCUUCGAGAAGAGGCCUGCUGUCUACUAUUAUAACUUCAAACACUUUACCAUCGGCGUGCGCUUCUAAUAAAAUUUUC